CUUAAGAAAGAAAAACAACCAAAAUAUUAUUAUUAUUAUUAUUUAAUUUGAGCCUCACCGUGAAUGACACCUCUGAACAGGAUGUGCUGCUGAGGACGAAGAAGAAGAACAGCUUCACCAGGUGAGACAAUCAGUUUGUGGCCGUGGACCACAGGGGGCGCUGUUCUCUCGGCUCCUGGUCAGUGGAAACACGCACAGGUUAAACACGUCUCUCAGGGUGUGUGUGUCUGCUCCGUGUUCAUCAGUGUGUGUACGGUUUGAGACUGUAAGCAGCACAUUGGCGGGUUUAGUUACAUUUGACUCAUAUUAAGUGAUUUAACUCGUCAUCACCGACUCAAAGUUAACGUGUCUUUGUUUUAGGAUCGUCACUGUCUGCAGCUCGCAUCUUCUCUGAUCUCCACAGCGCAGCACAGCACCUACACGCGCGUUUGGUCCCGCCCACCUGCGCAUAUUUUAUGCUAAUGAGCAGGUGCGGCGGCUCUUGAGGCGCGCGGCGGGCCGCUCGGGGAUGAGCCGGAUGGAGCAGCGCAGGGAGCAGCGGGAGUCCAGCCGGAGGGUUUUCACCAGGUGAUGCUGUCCAGACCCGACUGACUGCGGAUCCGCGAAACACGAAUGGAUCCCUAUUUAAGACGUAGCUGGAAAAGGCGUUUUCAUUUACUGUCUGUGUAUUUUAUCCUAAUUUAUCAAGCGCGUCUGUCCGGGACUGACAGGGUGCGUCUUUCUAACCGGAGCGAACUUAAUAACAGCGGGAGCAGCAGGAUAAAGCAGCAGAAAUGGGACACCGCUUCCCAGGGAGGGCAGACAGCAGCUGCUCUGUUAGAAACCAACAUGUCUUCCACCAGUCAUUCACUGGUAAACCUGACGUCCAAUCUGACGUCCUCAACUACAGAUGGGACACCGGUGUCAUUGUGGACCUUCAGCUCUGACAAAUCAUCUGCAACCACAGCACCAUCUAGUCAUCAAUAUUCAAGAACAGCAUCAUCCAGCCAAUCACCAAACAGCACAACACCUGCCAGUCAACCCACCACCAAGACAGCACAACUCAACCAAUUAGAAACCAGCCCAGCACCAUCCAGUCAGUCACUAACCACCAGAACACCAGCUAGCCAACCAAAAAGCAGAACAACACCACCAAGCCAAUCAACAACUAAGACGCAAUUCAGCAAUUCACAGUCAGCAUCAUCAAGUCAAAUACCAAAGAGAACAGUAACAUCCAGCCAAUCACUAGGCACUACAGCACAAACCAGCCUAUCACCUGGCAGCCCAACGCCAGCCAGUCAUUCAUCAACCACCACACCAUCAGCCAGACAAUCACCAGGAAGCACAACACAAACUGGUCAACCACCAACAAAGACUGCACCAGUCAACCAAUCUCCAACUACUCAGUCAUCAGCUAGCCAGUUGCCAGUCAGUACGGCACCAUCAGCUCAAUCUCCAACAAAGACAGGACUCUCUAGACAAUCUCCAACCAAACAAGCCAGCCAGUCACCGAGUAGACCAACACCCAGGCAACCACUGACAAGCACAGCAUCAGCAAACCAAUCACCAACCAGCACAGAAAAAAACAGUCAAUCUCCAUCCACCACAGUGUCACCCAGCCAAUCAGGCAGCAAAACACCAGCCAAAACCUUAUCUGAGAAUAAUAAAGGCAGCACUAUAAAAUCUAACCAAUCAGCAUCCAGCCCAACACCACUCAGCCAAUCAAAAAACAGCUCAAAAACACUGAGCCAAUCAUCACUCACCUUGGCAUCUUCUCAAAAUUUACCAAACUUGACAAAAUUAACAGCAGCUAAUCAGUCCAUAGACCGUUCAGUACCAUCAGACCAGUCACCACCUGGCUCAGCAUCACCAGCUAGCGGAGUCUUUUCACCAGAUGAGCGUCCAGUUAACAUUUCACUGCUCACCAGGCAGGCAAAGGAAGCCCUGAAGUCAUCACUUCGUCGGAGUGCAGAGCCGUGUGUGUUUCCCUGCCUGAACGGAGGGCAGUGUGUUCAGUCGGGGUCAUGUGACUGCAGCUUGUAUCAGGCCACUGGACACAGAUGUCAGACAGUUCCAAAUCCUGGCUUUGAGAGGGAGAUGACAUGCAGGUCGUGGGGUCAGUACAACUUUGAGACCUUCGACGGCCUCUACUUUUACUUCCCCGGUCGAUGUACGUACACUCUGCUGAGGGACUGCGAGGAAACCACUCAGGCCAGCAUCGUCGUCCAGGUCCACAAUGACCCUGCCUGUAGCUCCGCCCCCUACACCUGCCAGCGAUCUGUCAGCCUCUUCCUCCCAGGGGAGGGUGAGGUUCGGCUGCACGCCACCAACGUGACCUUCAAAGGCCAAAGUUUGCAGCUGCCUCAUCACAUCCACGACCUGCAGGUGGAGCAGAUCUCGCAGUACGUCCUGGUGACGCAGCAGCACGGCUUCACGCUGGCCUGGGAGGGACGCAGCGGCUCCGUCUACAUCAAACUCAGCCCGGAGUUUGUGGGCAGAACCUGCGGCCUGUGUGGAAACUUCAACGCCGACGUCCAGGACGACCUGAAGACGAGUUACGGUGUGCUGACUCAUGACAUAGAAAUGUUUGGCAACAGCUGGGUGGAGGCGGAGCCACGCGAGGCCCGAUGUCCCAUGGUGCCGACCGACUUCCCUUCACCCUGCGCCGCGGUCGACGCUCACGUCCUGCUGAAGGUGGAGGAGGUGUGCGCCACGCUGCUGGAUCCUCCGUUUCAGAGCUGCCACGACUUUGUCAGCCCGCUGUCCUACAUGGCCAGCUGCUCCAACGACCUCUGCAUGUCGGGUCCCAGCGGUGAUGUGGUAUGCCAGGUGUUCAGCGAGUACGCCCGGGCCUGUGCCCACGCUGACCACCCACUGCACGACUGGAGGCAGCGCAUUCCUCACUGCGCGGAGCAGUGUUCCCCGGGCCUGGUCCACAGGGAAUGCAUAAGCUGCUGCCCGGCGUCCUGCAACCUGGAGCGAACGUGCAUCGACAGCAAGCUCGCCUGCCUCGAUGGAUGCUACUGUCCUGAUGACCUGAUCUACGAGGACGGAGGCUGUGUGAUGCCGUCCGACUGUCCCUGCGAGUACCACGGCAUGUUUUAUCCAUCUGGACAGACGCUGCAGGAGGAAUGCAAUAACUGCACAUGCGUGGGUGGAGUGUGGAGCUGCACCGACUACAGCUGCCCAGGCGAGUGCUCGGUAACUGGCGAUAUGUAUUUUCAGUCCUUUGACGGACGGAUCUACACCUUCCCUGCAACAUGUCAGUACGUCCUCUCCAAAAGUCGAAACUCAGGAAAGUUCACAGUCACCAUCCAGAACGCCCCGUGUGGAUCUAAUUUGGAUGGGGCCUGCAUCCAAUCAGUUAACCUGGUCAUUGACGAGGAUCCGAGAACUGAGAUCACACUGAGUCACGUAGGAGAGGUCUUCAUGGCGGGACAGUACCGCAUCUCCCUGCCAUAUUCUGACGACAUCUUCCACAUCCAGGAGCUGUCGUCCAUGUUCCUCCAGGUGAAGACGGCAUUCGGCCUGCGCCUGCAGUACAGCUGGAAGGAGUUUCGCCUCUACCUGCAGGCCGACGAGCUGUGGAAGGACGACACCGUGGGCCUCUGCGGCACCUUCAACGGCAACAUUCAAGAUGACUUCCUGUCUCCGUCAGGUAUGAUAGAGAGCACCCCUCAGCUGUUUGGAAACGCCUGGAGAGUCUCGUCGGCCUGCUCGCCCAGCCUGAGUUGGCCUCAGCUCGACCCCUGCGACACACACCAGCAGGCCGUGGCUUAUGCCUCAGAGAUGUGCGACGUACUGAACCAGGACCUGUUCUCCGCCUGCCACGAGUACCUCAGCCCGACUUCCUUCCACCGGCAGUGUCGCUCUGACACCUGUAAGUGCGGGACGUCCUGCCUCUGCUCCGCGCUGGCCCACUACGCCCACCACUGCCGCAGAUUCUCGGUCAUCGUUGACUUUCGAUCGCAGGUGCCCGACUGUGCGGUCACCUGUCCUGCCACCAUGCAGUACGGUACCUGCGUGUCGUCCUGCCAGCGGCGUUGCUCCGCCCUCUCGGUCCCGCAGCACUGCGGGGACGAGUGUGAGGAGGGCUGCGUCUGCCCUCAGGGGUCCUUCUACAACCAUCGAACACACACCUGUGUGCACAGGAGCGAGUGUCCCUGCAGUUUCCUCGGAGCAGAUUACGAACCAGGAGAUGUGAUCAUGACGUCAGCAGGUGUUCAACUCUGCCUGAACGGUAAACUGGUGUCCCAAACGACAGACAGCGACAGGUUGUGUCCACCUGGUCAGAUCUACCAGAACUGCUCAGAGGGCGACGAUGGCCUCCUCUCGGGAAGGGGCGUGGCCUGCGAGCGCACCUGUGAAUCCUACCUGCUCAACCUCACCUGUUCGACACACGAGCCCUGCGUGGCCGGAUGCACCUGCCCUCCUGGCUUGCUGAAACAUGGAGACGAAUGCUUUGAAGCUGCAUCCUGUCCCUGUCUAUGGAAAGGGAAGGAGUAUUACCCCGGCGACAGAGUCUCCUCCCCCUGCCAUCAGUGCGUCUGCCAGCACGGGACGUUUCAGUGCGUGUUUCAUCCGUGUCCAUCCAUGUGCACGGCUUAUGGCGAUCGGCACUACAGGACGUUUGACGGACUGCUGUUUGACUACGUUGGUGCAUGCAAAGUCUAUCUCGUGAAGAGCAGCGCUGAUGUGAUGUUCAGUGUGGCCGCCGAGAACGUCGACUGCUUCGACAGCGGACUCAUCUGCAGGAAGUCUCUGCUGGUCAACGUCGGCAGGUCCUUCGUAGCUUUCGAUGAUGACACCGGGAAGCCAAAUCCAUCCAGCAUGAUUGACAGGAAGCAGAGGAUGUUCAUCUGGCCAGCAGGGUUCUUCACAGUGAUUCAUUUCCCAGAGGAGGACGUCACCGUCCUCUGGGACCGUAAGACCACCGUCCACAUCCAGGUCGGACCUCGCUGGCAGGGGAAGCUGAGCGGACUGUGCGGGAACUUUGACACGAAGACGGUAAACGAGAUGAGGACGCCUGACAACCUCGACUCCCCAACUCCACAGGAGUUUGGAAACAGCUGGACGGCAACAGAGUGUGUGAACAGCCCAGAUAUCAGACACCCCUGCAGCCUCAGUCCGCUCAGAGAGCCUUUUGCAAAGCGUCAGUGUGCCGUCCUGCUCAGUGAGGUCUUCCAGGCCUGCCACCCAGUGGUGGAUGUUACCUGGUUCUACACGAACUGCCUGGCGGACACGUGCGCCUGCAGCCGUGGAGGCGACUGCGAGUGUUUCUGCACCAGCGUGGCGGCGUACGCCCAGCGCUGCUGCCACCAGGGCGUUCCUGUCGACUGGCGCUCCCCGUCCCUGUGCCCGUAUGACUGUGAAUUCUACAACAAAGUUCUGGGUAAAGGUCCCUUCAGGCUGAUCACCUUCAGGGAUCGGACGGCGUUGCUGGCGGCCAGCAGGUCCGGCGGCUUCGUGUUCCUGCAGCGGGGCAACCUCAGCGCCACCGUGGCCUCCGGAGUCGUCUCGCAGUUCAUGAUGACGCCGGGCCUCAGCAGAGCCCGACCACACGACACAUCGCGGGUUUCCUUCGAGGCAGCCGACAGACCAAACUUCUUCCUGUACGCGAGCCCCAGUGGCCAGUUGAGGCUGGCCAAGUGGGAGGAGAGCGAGGCAUUCUGGGACGGAGCCACCUUCGUCCUCCACAGGAACACCUGGAUCCCCGGCUACGACUCCUUGGAGUCCCACGCAAAACCGGGCUUCUUCCUGCACGCCACGCUGCCCCGCCUCCACCUGCUCAGAUACAGACACACCGACAGCUUCCGCAAGGCCACGCUGUUCAGGCUGACAGGCCCUGGCCCAGACGCCCCGCCUGGUCCUCGCUGUCAGUGGAGGUACGAUUCCUGUGCCGUCCCCUGCUUCAGGACCUGCAGCGACCCGUCAGCUGAAGCCUGCGCCACCAUCCCGCAGAUCGAGGGCUGCCUCCCCGUCUGCCCCCCACACAUGGUCCUGGACGAGGUCACCCGUCGCUGUGUCUACGUGGAAGACUGCAUUAAGGUCCCAGUUACUGUGGAGCCGGUGACCCCGUCCACUGCUGGGCUGACCUCUGCAGCUGUCACUUCUGCCACCACCACAAGCACUGCUGCCUCCACCACCCCCCUCAAUACCACCACCCCCUCUCCCUCCACCCCUCCACACACUGGUCCUGCCACUAAAGUCACCACCACCACUCCUACCGUGAGCACACAGUCAACCUUGUCUACGUCAACAUCCGCCCCUGACGAGCUGACUCGUCCAGUCGCCAUCUCUCCUCCAACAGCACCCCCUACAGUUGGGCCAGAUGUGGUGAAGCCACCGUCCACUGCCAGAGUGACUGAAGCCCCGCCCACUCCUGUGACAAGAACACCAACAUGGACGACCGAAGCUGCGAGCUCUCCCGUCAGCCCGUUCAGCCCCAGCACAUCCAGGACGAGCGGCGCUCCCUUCGCCAUCACGGCUCUGUUGUGGUUCACCACCUCCACCAAGCCCACUGAUUUACUGCAGCCGCUCUUCACCACCACUGCUGCGAUCCAGCAGCCAUCUGCCACCGCAGCAACUACCACAAGCUCUGUUGAAGAGCCAGCGACCACCGGGGCCCCUCCUCCUGCUGUCGUGCACCCAACCCAAGAGACCACAGCGGCUACAACACAUUCAGCUGCAGUUACUCCGAUUGUAACCUCCUCUAGUCCAAGUCCCGCUCCAGUCUCAGAGACAUCUGUAGUUACAGACAGGACCACUGCACCCAGUACAGCUACCACUGCCUAUACAGACACCAGCACGAAGCCCGUUACAGUGGAGCAACUUCCCACAACAACAACUACACCCACCCCUCCGGUUUUACCAAGCACAGCCGCCACAACCCCUUCACCUCUUCUGACCUCACCUCCGGUCGAAACAGGAACUGUGUCUUUACCCAAAGUCACUUCAGCUAAAACCACAGAAUCAGUCACACCAGUUGCACCUCUCACCACCAGUAAAACAACACAGUACACAAGUCCUGAGGCAACAUCUGCUCCUGUUACCACAGAGAAGAUCCUACAUGUCACGCCUACUGAACUGACGACCUCUACAACCACUGCCUCUGAGUUACCAACAUCAACCAUGCACCACGUUGCACCGACUACGACUGCACCAUCCGUUCCUACCUCAGCUGCUACAGACUGGAGAACAGCAACAGAGAAAGUGACCUUGCAUGAAUCCACUGUGUCUGAAAUGUCUGUAGCUACCACAACAGCAGCUGCAGCUCCACCUCUGAAGAUUACAGACACCAUAACUUCUCUUGUUUCCACUUCCACAGCCUAUUCUGAGAAAACCUCCUGGUCUACUGCUGUCCCAACAACAGAGAAAACCACUCAGAUCUCGACUUCAAGACCUCCAGAGCUUCCAAAAAUGUCCACCAUGUCCACAGGUCCUCCAGUCACAACAAAACCAACUUUUCCACCAGUGUCUCUAACAGAAACCACUACGGUCCCAGUUUUACCAGCAGCAGAGAGCUCCACCCAUCCUGUAUCUACCAUGAAGACCUCUGAGCCGUGGCGUCCCCCCCAUCGGGAGACCACUUCAACCCCGGUCUACAGCCCUCCAGCAAAGACAACACCAGAGGUGACUUCUGAAACUCUCCUGCAUGUCGUCACUUCUACUACAACAACUGAACUUCCUCGCCUUCCUGAAACAUCAGAGCCGACUGUCACCUCUGCCAGAUCAGCUGCCGCCACAGCCGUUACAACCAAAACUACAACAUCUCCUGAAAUCUCGACUGCAGGAAUUGCUGCCACCACAACCAGGAAACUGGUUACACCCCCACCUCCACCUACGCCAGGUAUCACUGAGACAUCUCUCACCACGGUCUCCACAAGAGCCCCACCAGUUGUUGCUACCACCAGCCUCAGACCUGUCAUUGUGCAGCCGAUUACAGAGACGACACGUCCAGUGACUGGCAGAGUGGAUCUGUCGACAAGAGCUACAACCACACCACCUCCAUCUUGGUCUCCAUUGCACACAGCUACUUCUACCGCAGCUCCAAGGCCAACGACUGUCCCUGACGGAGCCACCACCCAGCUGGUGUCCACUGCGGGAACUACACCUGCAACAAAAACCACCACCAUAACACAGACGACCACCACCAGAACAACACCAAGAGUUCCUGUGACAACAAGAGUCACCUCCAGAAUCACGUCGACUCCAAGGGCAACCAUCAGGCCCGCACGGGUUACCAUAGCAACACGACCCCCUGCAGUAACCGUGAGCUCAACCACUCUUGGCCCACCGACAGUCACACCAAGCCCUGGCACAACAACCACGUCUACAACCAUCGCAACAUCCGCCGAGGCGGUCACAACAGCAAGGACAACCGAACGCACUGACACAACUGCAAAGGUUUCCCACGUGACCACCAUAACAUCUGCAGUGCCUGUUCCUCCUCAUACAACAGUCUCUACGGCUGUCCCCACAACAACCACCAGAAAGACUGAGAAAACAACCAAAGAGACGGACAUGUCACCAUCCGCAUCCCAAUCAAUGACGCCUCCACCUGACUCACUGCUCUCCACCCAGCAGUCCAGCGUUCCCACUGCCGCUACGACUUCUCCCCCAGCAGCCACCUCGGCCCCAACAACCGAGCUGGACAGAGUUGAUGGGACCAGUCCGGGUGCAACAACGUCUCCUGCACCGGAGAUGCCGUACACACCUGUGGAAACGACCAGACACACAGCAGUGGGGACGACGUCCACGGCCGUCUCACCUACACGCAUGUGCACUCCUCCGUAUGCAGAGAUCGUCGAUGAGUGCACAAAGUACAUCUGCGUCAACAACCAGCUCGUCCUGUUCAACAAAUCCCAGAGCUGCCCCUUCGCCUCUGAGCCUCCCAACUGCGGCCUGCUUGGCUUUGCUGUAUUGGUCAAUGGAGACAAGUGCUGCCCUCAGUGGGAUUGUCCAUGUCGCUGCUCGAUGUUUCCAGAUCUGAACGUGAUCACAUUCGAUGGGAACAGCGUCGCCAUCUACAAGGCUGCCUCAUAUAUUGUGACCCAGCUGCCCAAUGAGACCGUCAGCGUCCUGGUCCAGGAGUGUCCCGCGAACUCUGAGUCACCACUCCUCUGGAAUUUCACCAACCUGUGUCUGGUGGCGCUCAACAUCACCCACAAAUCAAACCACAUCAUCAUCAACAGGCUGCAGAGGAGGCUCUACGUCAACUCACGUUACGCCAAGCCUCGAUUCAAAAAGUAUGGAUUUGAGAUCUACGACACAGGCAACAUGUACCUGAUCCGCAGCCCAGCUGGUCUCAAGCUGCAGUGGUACCACAGCACCGGCAUGAUGGUGAUCGACAGCUCCAGCAACAAGCUGCCCACCAUGGGCCUCUGUGGCUUCUGUGAUGGAGACCCAACAAAUGACCUGAUUCUGGCCAACGGCACCACAGUGGGUGCAAGCGAGGAUCCGGCUGUUUUCAUCGACAGCUGGCAGGUUCCCAACACCACCAGCUACAUCAGCCACAGCCGCCGCCGCGAGCUCAACUGCUCCACAAGCGACUGCUCCACCUGCCUUCACAUGCUGCAGAACCACGCCUUCUCGCCCUGCCACGCCUUUGUCCCGCCGAGCACGUUCUGUGAGGUUUGGGUACGAGAUGAGGAGUACGUCAACAACCAGUGUGUCGCUCUGGCUGCCUACGUGGCUUCUUGCCACAAAUUCAACAUCUGCAUUGAGUGGAGGAGUCCAGAUUACUGCCCCUUCGUCUGUCCCGACACUCUGCGGUAUCAGGCCUGUCUGCCGGCCUGCACGUCUCAGUCCUGCCCCAACCACGACUUCGACUCGGACCCGGACCAGUGUUCAGGCCUGACGGAGGGCUGUGUGUGCCCUGAGGGGAUGCUCCUCCACCGGCCGUACUCCGCCCUCUGCAUCUCACCGGACAAGUGCGCUUGCACCGACAGUUCCGGUGUUCCUCGUGCACACGGCGAGGUGUGGAAAGCCUCGAAGGAUGCCUGCUGCAUGUACCGCUGCGACAACGACACCAUCGUCCCAGUGGCGUACAACUGCUCCAGCGUGGCGGCACCGGUGUGCCGUCGAGUGGCCGAGGUGCUCAUAAGCCUGGCCGACGACGCCAGCUGCUGCCCGCAGAAAGUCUGCGUGUGUAACCAGAGCCUGUGCGACCUGCUCCCUCCGGAGUGUAAAUAUGGAGAGAAGCUGGUGUCGUACUACAGGCAGGACUCCUGCUGUCCCGACUACGUGUGUGAGUGCGAUCCUGAGCUCUGUGAGUCGGACGUUCCCUCCUGCAGAGACGACCAGACGCUGAUCGCCACCAGAGCCGACGGCAGCUGCUGUCUCGCUCACAUCUGCAUGUGUGCUUCCUGUCUGGAGACGCCUCCACUUUGCACGGACGGCGAAGUCCUGACGGUGGAUGGUAACACCACGGACCGCUGCUGCCCCGCCUACCAGUGUGUGUGUGAGCCCUACAGGUGUCCUCAGCUUAGUUGUCCUGUUGGGAUGUCGGUGGUGUCUGUAUCCACUCCGGGUCGCUGCUGUCCCAACCAAACAUGCGAGUGUUCCUGUGAGAAGAUCACGUCGCCUAAGUGUGGCCUGGGAGAGGCCGCCCAGCUGGACCGGACCUUCCUGUCCGACCCGCAGAACCAGUGUGCCUGCAAGAGAUACAAGUGUGUGCGUGAGGCCGUGUGUGUGUUCGGAGAGCGAGGCGUGUUGCGUCCCGGUCAGACGCUGGUGGAGCACGGCGACGACGGGCUGUGCCACAGCAGGCAGUGCAGCCGCAGCCUCGACCCGGCGAGCGGCUUCCACCUGCUCCGCACCAGCAGCAUCAACUGCUCCGCCCAUUGCCAGCCAAAUCAGAUCUACGUCCCUCCGAAGGACCAGUCGGCGUGCUGCGGUGUUUGUAAGAAUAUUUCCUGCCUCUACGAACAUGAGAACGGGACGACACUUCUUUAUAAGCCUGGGAAGUCGUGGGUAUCGAACUGCAUGAAGUUCGACUGCGCAGACACUCAGUCUGGACCCACACUCAUCUCCUACUCCUUCAGCUGCCCACCGUUCAACGAAACAGAGUGUAUGAAGAUCGGCGGGACGGUCGUAAGUUAUAUGGACGGAUGCUGCAAGACGUGCAAAGAAGACGGGAAGUCGUGUCAGAAGGUGACGGUGAGGAUGACCAUCAGGAAGAACGACUGUCGCAGCAACAGGCCGGUGAACAUCGUGUCAUGUGACGGGAAGUGUCCCUCCGCCAGCAUCUACAACUACAACAUCAACACGUACGCUCGCUUCUGCAAGUGCUGCAGGGAGACGGGGCUGCAGCGGCGCUCCGUGCAGCUCUACUGCAGCGGCAACGCAACCUGGGUCAGCUACACCAUCCAGGAGCCCACCGACUGCUCCUGCCAGUGGUCCUAAACACACACACACACACACAUGUGUCUGCAUCCUCUAUAACCACAACAUAUAGAAGAAAAGAGGAAGAAACCUCAGCCAUGUUGCUUUAGGGUGAUUGGAGAAUGAAAUCCAGAGCUGUGAUUGGCAGGACUGUAUGACUGACUGACUCUUAAUCUACCAGUUAUUAAUCCAGGUGUCCCUGCUGGCAGGGAGGUGGUACUGCAGGGCAGCCGAGCAGCUGCAGUCUACAGGAUGCUGGGGUUGACCUUUGACCUCUGACAUUUACCUUCAAAGUGAAGUAAAAGAGUGUGGCUUACUCAUGACACCACAUGAUGAGGUUUGCUUGCUGUCAUUUGUGAGGAUUUUGAUCUAACAUUUUAUUAACAGUAAAUUUGAGGCAUUUUACUGAAGUUUCAUGUCUCUGAAUACUUUCUGAUAAUAACUGAUGUAAUCGAUCAAAAUGACGGAUGAACACCUUUAAAGACGUGCUGCUCGACUCCACUGCUGCCACCUCCCUGUUAGCCUGCGGAGAAAAGAAAAUAUUUAGAGAAUGAAAAAAUAAUUAGAUCUUUUGGAAAGUCGUUUCUCUGCUCACAGCGUUUCUGUGCUGCCGAGGCUGAACAGUCAAAGAUUUUAAGGUUGAGAUACAGACAAUCAGGAAACAUCAUCAUCAUCAUCGUCAUCAUCACCCUUUGGAGAUUUAACCAGAACAUUUUACCCAGAGUCCCUCAUGUUGUGCCUUGUUUUUGUAAAUAACUCAGCUUCCUAACUUUUAAAAAUGAUUUGCAAUAUCACAUUCUUAGACAUUUCACUUUUAGAAAGAAAGGCAACAAUAAACUGUAUAUUCAGUGAUGUGAAAUAAUCGUAACAUAAUCAGCGCUAGUGAGGUGUAUUAACUGAUUUAAAUCCAGUCGUAUGUCGAGCACUUUAUUUAUUUAUUGGAGUUUGAUAGAGCACAGCCGUUUUGAUGAAGAGAAGUGACGCAUUCGGCCCAACUGGAGAACAAACAAAAGCAAACGGGAUCCAAAACUUUGAUUUGGUUCUUCUCCCGAUGACAGAACGAAAAUAUCAGAUGCAUGUUUCUCUGUGGACAAAAUUCUUAAAGUGUUUGUGUACCAAACAGACCCACCUGGAUAGUCAAGUUAAAGAGGAUUUGUAUCAUAUAAAUGUACAUUUGAAUUUUCAAUAAAUAUUUCUUUUGGAA